AUGGGUGGGGAUCAAGCAACCAAAAUUGCUACAAUUUUGGGAUAUGAUGGUCAUACUAGAGUGGAUGCAGUUGGAUUUAGUGGUGGUAUAUGGGUGUACUGGAAAACGGACUUAGUUACUGUAAGUCCAAUUAUAAAGCAUAACCAACAUAUCACUAUGGAAAUCACUAGAGUUGGGGCUACCCCUUGGUAUUUUUCGGCUGUUUAUGCGAGUCCGGAUCCAACCAAGAGACGUGAUCUUUGGGAGGAACUUAAUAAAUUUGCAAGCAAUAAUAGCAACCCGUGGUUGAUAGCAGGGGAUUUCAAUGAAACAAGAUUUCCAUCGAAGAGAAAUACUUCUUGUCGUGAGACAACUCGUAGAUCAGCUUUGUUCAACGAGUGGGUGAAUGAUCUUGAAUUGAUUGAAGUGGAAUUUUCUGGAGCGGCUCACACCUGGGCUCGCGGGCGAUCUCCGGAAACUCGUCAAAGUGGAAGACUUGACAGAACUCUCUGUAAUUCAGCUUGGGCAGUAAGAUUUGACAAGGCCUCAAUGAAACACCUUACUGCGAUUCACUCCGAUCAUUGUCCAAUUUUUAUCUCUCCUAAUGGUUUUGUACCAUUGCAAGCCACUCACUGUCCUUUUAGAUUCCAGGCUGCUUGGAUGUCCCAUGAAAAUUUUCGAGAGUUUGUGGAUAAAUCCUGGGAAAAAAAUGCGCCAUUAAUACCUGCCCUUGCAAACCUUUCCAGCAAAUUGCAAAAUUGGAAUCGCAACACCUUUGGCAAUGUUUAUAAACAGAAAAGAAUGCUCAUGGCUAGGAUUGGAGGCAUUCAAAAAAAUUUAGCCACUCGUGUAGACCGUGGAUUGAUAAAGCUUGAAUUGAAAUUAAGGAGGGAUUUAGAUGAAAUUCUUGAAAGAGAAGAAAUGAUUUGGUAUCAAAAAUCCCGGAUUGCAUGGUUGAAAGAUGGGGAUAGAAAUACUACCUUUUUCCACCUAAGUACGAUAGUGCGUCGUUGGAAAAAUAAGGUAGCAGCAUUGAAAAAUAAUGAAGGGCAGUGGCUUCAUGAUAAGUUAGACAUUCAAGAAAACAUAGUUGAGUAUUUUACUCACUUAUUCACCGAAGAAGGAGAGCCUGAGUAUUUUGAUGUGACAAGUGAUAUAUUCCCAGAAUUAUCUUCAAAUGAUUGGUCAACCCUGACAAAAUACUAUACCAGAACUGAAAUUGAUUUGGUGGUCAACGAAAUGGCAACACUAAAGGCUCCUGGCCCAGACGGUUUUCAAGUCUUGUUUUACAAGAAAAAUUGGGACCUUAUUUCGGUUACUGUGUAUAAUACCAUUCUUCCAAUAUUGGAAGGGAAGGGGUUCCCUACUAAUCUUAAUGACACCUUCAUUGCGUUAAUCCCGAAGGUGGAUCAUCCCGAACUAGCUUCUCAAUUUUGA